UGCGCGCAGCCCGGCGGGCAGGGGCGGGGGCUCCGAGUGGGUUUUGCUUCGGCGGCGGCGGCGGCACCGCGGCGGGAAGGGGUGCGGGACCCCGCGGCGGGGCGGCCCGGCCCGGCGCUCAGCCCUCGCCGUUGCCCGCGGCGCCUCGGCCCAGCGCGGCCGCCGGCGGGUAGAAGGGGGGGCGGCGGCAGCAGAAAGAGGAGGAGGAGGAGGGAGCGGAGCGGGGCCGCCGCGGGGACCCCGCGCCCGGUACGGGCGGCGCGGCGGCGGAUGUGCUGCUGGCGCGGUGGGAUGAUGCUGGCGGGGCCGCAGCUGGUGGCGGGGCCGGCGACGCCGGGCGGGGAGCGGGCCCGGCUGCUCUCGCUUUACGUGCAGGACUACCUGGAGUGCGUGGAGUCGCUGCCGCUGGACAUCCAGCGCAACGCCUCGCUGCUGCGGGAGAUUGACACGCAGUGCCAAGAAGCAUUAAAAGAAAUAGAUGAUGUCUAUGAAAAGUACAAGUCAGAAAAUGACCCUGUUCAGAAGAAACGCUUGCAGCAGCAUCUUCAGCGUGCAUUAAUCAACAGCCAAGAACUUGGAGAUGAAAAAAUUCAAAUAGUUACUCAGAUGCUAGAACUGGUAGAGAAUAGAGCCCGGCAAAUGGAAACACACUCUCAGUGUUUUCAAGAUCUGUCUGAGAAUGAAAAACCUCUAGAAAAGGCAAAGAUGGAGUCCUGCCAGCCAGAGAGAUCUUCGCGUAGACCUCGUCGUCAGCGAACGAGCGAGAGCCGUGAUCUGUGCCAUAUAGCAAAUGGCAUCGAUGACUGCGAUGAUCAGCCACCUAAAGAAAAAAGAUCUAAAUCGUCCAAGAAGAAAAAACGCUCCAAAGCCAAACAAGAAAGGGAGGUUUCACCUGUAGAAUUUGCAAUUGAUCCCAAUGAACCAACUUACUGCUUAUGCAACCAAGUGUCUUACGGUGAAAUGAUAGGAUGUGAUAAUGAACAGUGUCCUAUCGAGUGGUUCCACUUUUCGUGUGUUGGACUCACCUACAAACCAAAGGGGAAAUGGUAUUGCCCCAAGUGCAGAGGAGACAAUGAGAAAACGAUGGACAAAUGUACUGACAAAUCAAAAAAGGAUAGGAGAUCGAGGUAGUGAAAGCAAUUCAUGUUUUAAAGAGUUGCUCCUUUUAUAUUAAAAUGUUUAAUUUCCAGAGAACGCUGUUUUAGGAAAUGCAUAAGACUAUGCAAUAAUUUUUAAUCUAUAAUAUUAAUGGAGUAUUAAAAGCUG